AUGUUGAUUAGAAGAUUAGGAAAUGGGAUUCGUGCAAUUUCCAGGACUGGUUUGGUCUCUGGAACUGCACUUCUCAGACAGCAGCGAGUAAACUCUCUUCGAAGACUCCAAGUGAGCUCCAUCGCACACCAGGAGCCUAAGAUGGGAAGUACCAAGACCAUGAAUUCUUCAAUAAAUGCAGAAGUUGCUGAAACACAGGAAGAAAAUGCAUCAAAGACAGAAGGUUCAGACGUUUCCGAAAAUAAGAUUCCUGAUGUCACCCCAGAGUCGCUCUUUAAAGAUGGCAUCCUCGAAAAAGAUCUCUACAGAGCCAUCACCAAGGCAGGCUUCAAGACAUUCACGAAAGUUCAGAAAGAAACCAUCGGACCAGCCAUGAGCACCACCAAGGGUUUGGUAUGUCGUGCUAAGACAGGUACUGGUAAGACGUUGGCAUUUGGUAUCCCAUCUCUUCAGCAUGCCUAUGAAAAUAUUAACACCCCUAGAAAAGUUCAGUCUCUUAUCAUCACUCCUACCAGAGACUUGGCGCUUCAAAUCGAAGCAGAAUUAAACAAAAUUAUCGCAAGUUUCCCCGAUAGAUCAGUCAGCAGAAAGUUGACGGUUGCUACCCACAUUGGUGGAACUAGGCAGAACAAUUUGAGCCCCAAGUUCACUCCAAAGAUAAUCAUCGCUACUCCUGGUAGAUUGAAUGCUAACUUGGAAAACUCUCACUUCUUGGAAGCUUUCAGUGAAUUGAAAUUUAGAGUGUAUGAUGAAGCUGAUAGAUUGUUGGACAUUGGAUUUACCGAAGAGUUGUACAAUAUUGAUUCUAAGUUGCGUGAAGCAACUGAAAGUCAAGGUAAUGACUCCCAAUUUAGCUCUCUCUUAUUCAGUGCUACUGUUGAUGAUAGUGUUACCAAAUUUGCCACAAAUGUUUUCGGUAGAGGAUACCAAUACAUUGACUGUGUCGAUAAGGACGAGGGUGAAGCCCAUCACUUGGUGGAACAAACGUUGGUACAAACUAAAUCUCUCGCAGAUUCAUACAUCGGGUUGUUAAACUUUGUAACUGAAAACUUACAGAAGAAGGAUUUCAAGGCUAUUUUGUUCCUUCCUACAACUGUAAGUGUGGAUUUCACUAACGACUUAUUGAGAGCUUAUUUCAGUGCACAAAAGAAGUCUAGUUUAUCCAGAAGUAUCUUAAUGUUACAUGGUAAGAAAUCUCAAAGUUACAGAGAUAGAGUUGUCAGAAGCUUCAAGCUGGCACGUAGUGGGUUAUUAAUUACUACAGAUGUUGCUGCAAGAGGUUUGGACUUCAAGGAUGUUACCGAUGUCAUCCAAAUCCUGCCUUCGCUGACCCCUGCAGAUUAUAUCCAUAAGAUUGGUAGAACUGCAAGAGCUGGUAAAUCAGGAAAGUCCAUUUUAUUUUUAUCUGGCGAAGAGUUGAAAUAUGUUAAGAUAUUGAAGGAUAACAGAAAAAUUGAAUUCAAGAACGUUUACGAUUAUCAACCUAAUGAAGAUUUCCACAAUGAGAUCAAAGAAAUCCUGACCGACAAGUUCGAAGCAUUCGAUGUGGAAGAUUUUGUUAAAGGUUAUAUGACAUAUAUUGCAAAUAUCAAGAGUAAAUACCGCCUCAGACACGCCUCGUUGAUUCAAGAACUUGCAGAUUUACACAGAAUUUUGAUAGGCGAUGAACUGGCUUUUAUUAAUGUUGAUGAAAAGUUUGUCAAAGCCCAUUUGAGCUUACAAAACGAGGAUGCUGCUACUAUUUUUAACCAUAAGAGAAGAUUCAACGAUAAGCCAUCAUUCAAUAGGGGAUUUAAGAAGAGAUUCAGCAAUGACAGGUUCAGUAAUGACAGAUAUGACAAUAGUAGGAAAUUUGACAAGAGAGGAAAAUCUGACAACUUUUUUGACAGAGAUUUUAACAAUUCUUACGCUGGGUCUUCAUACGGAGAUAGAGGCAACAACAGGAAAUCUUCAUAUUCGAAAAACAACAAUUCUUACAAAAGAAAUGACCGUAAUGAUCGUUAUUAG